AUGGGGUUUAUCUCAAGGACUGUUUUUCCAGCGUGCGAGCGUGUCUUCGUUUGUUGUCCUGCUCUCGGGCCGAGGUCUCUACAUCCCGUCAAGCGUUACAAGAUACUCCUCCUCGACAUCUUCCCCAAAUCCCCUGAUGGUGCACCAAAUGAGAGAAAGAUUGUCAAAUUAUGCGAGUAUGCUGCCAAAAACCCAGUCCAUAUCCCCAAGAUUGCUAAGUGUCUUGAAAAGAUGUGUUACAAGGACCUUCGAUCCCACCAGAUGAAGUUCAUCAUUAUUGUCACUGAGGCUUACAACAACAUGCUUUUCCAUUGCAAGGCUCAGAUGGCUUAUUUCGCUAUGAGUUUGCUGAAUGUGGUUACAGAACUACUUGUCAAUUCAAAGCAGGACACACCAACCAUUCUUGGAUGCCAGACACUGACAAGGUUCAUUUACAGUCAGGUUGAUGGAACUUACACGCACAGCAUUGAAAAAUUCGCGCGUAAAGUUUGCUCAUUGUCUCGUGAAGAAGGUGAUGAACAUCAAAAGCGGUGCCUGAGAGCAUCUGGCCUGCAAUGCCUUUCAGCGAUGGUGUGGUUUAUGGGAGAGUUUUCACAUAUCUUUGCCGCUGUUGAUGAGAUUGUACAUGCCAUUCUUGAUAAUUACGAGGCAGGCAUGAUCGUUCAGACCAAUGAAGAUAAAGAAGAGCAAAAAAACUGUAACUGGGGGAAUGAAGUGAUCAGAUGUGAAGGCCGAGGAGCAGGAGUCAGACCGAAAACUGCAAGAAAAGAUCCGGCUCUAUUGACUAAAGAACAGACUGAGACACCCAAAGUUUGGGCACAGAUUUGUCUCCAGAGGAUGGUUGAUCUGGCUAAAGAAAGCACAACUCUGCGGCAGAUCUUGGAUCAUAUGCUUAGCUAUUUUACCUCUAGACGCCAAUGGACUACUCCAAACGGUCUGGCCAUGAUAGUUCUGUCUGAUGCAACAUACUUGAUGGAAACCUCUGGUAAUGUACUUUGUCCCUUGUCUUUUCUGUUAGAACAUAGCUUUUUUUGUCUCACAGUUAUGUUUCUUUAUAUGUCAGGGACUCAGCAGUUAGUGUUAUCGUCUGUUGUACGUCAUCUUGACAACAAGCAUGUCGCCAGUGAUCCUGAACUCAAGGCUUAUAUCGUACAAGUCGCUGGCUGUCUAGCAAAGCUGAUCAGGACCAGCUCGUACCUUAGGGAGAUAAGUUUUGUUAAAGACUUGUGCCGGCAUCUGAGGAAAAGCUUCCAGGCAGCAUCGAGAUCUAUUGGAGAAAAGGAACUCAACUUGAACGUGAUGCUUCAAAACUCUAUUGAAGACUGUCUGCGGGAGAUAGCCAAAGGAGUUGGUGGUAAUACACAGGCGUUGUUCGAUAUGAUGGCUGUUUUACUCGAGCAGCUUCCUUCUUCAGGAGUUGUUGUUUCACGUGCAGCUGUUGGAUCACUGUUGGUUCUCGCUCAUGCAUUAUCGCCAUCUAUGCGUUCACAACAGGCUUUCUCAGACGCACUUCUUGACGCGCUUCUAAAAGCAAUGCUGCAUCCAAAUGUGGAAACUCGUGUGGGAGCGCAUGAAAUAUUCUCUGUGAUUCUCUUGCCAAGUUCUGGUCAAUCUCAAGCUGGACUUGCAUCAGUGAGGAGUGAUACAACCUCCACGUUUACAUCUAUCGCUGCUAGAUUAGACAAGCUUAGAAAGGAGAAGGAUGGGGUCAAGACUGAGAAGAACGGUUAUAAUAAUAAUACUCACGAGGAUCUUAAGAGCUACAAAUCUUCCCCAAACUUUCACAAGUUGAAUUCCAUGAUUGAUGGGAAUCUAGCUGAUACGUUACCAUCAGUGAUGAAGUUUACUGAAGAUCAAAUCGGGCAAUUGUUAUCUUCAUUUUGGAUACAAUCAACGCUCUCUGAUAUAUCACCUUCAAACGUUGAAGCUAUUGCUCAUUCUUUCAGCUUGGUGCUUCUUUCCUUGCGACUAAAGAAUACAAAUGACGGGCUUGUUGUUCGAGCCUUCCAGCUUCUCUUCUCACUGAGGAAUCUUUCUUUGGACCUUAAUAAUGGCACAUUAUCGACGGUUUGCAAGCGGUUGAUCCUUGCUUUAUCCACAAGUACGCUGAUGUUCGCUGCCAAAAUAUAUCAAAUUCCUCAUAUCUGUGAAGUGUUGAAGGGUCAACUUCCUGGUGAAGUAGAUCCGUAUCUCUUCAUUGGCGAUGACUUGCUACUUCACGUAAGAACAAAUGCAAAUAUGAAAGAUUUUGGAUCCUCAGGAGAUAACCAGAUGGCUACUUCGAUGUUGUUUGAGAUGAGAAGCAAAGUAGAACUGUCCAACACUAUCAUAACCGAUAUUGUGGCAAAACAUCUAUCUAAGAGUAUAAAGCUCGACGAAGCUGAUGUGAAGAUGCAACUCUCUGAGCCAUUCACACCUGAUGAUGCUUUCAUGUUUGGUUCACGGCCUAUGAUUGAGCUUGAACCAAACAAAAGCAUCUCUAAGGAAUCGCUGCCCUUCGAUGAGGACGUACAUGCAGGUUCAGUGGUUGAGGACGAAGUGACGAGUGAACUCUCUGUACGUUUUCAACCAAGAGGGUCCCCUUCAUCAUCUAUUCCUCAAGUUAUCAGCAUUGACCAGCUCAUGGAAUCUGCCCUUGAGGUGGCUGCUGGUCAAGUGGUUGUCUCAUCUGUCUCCACUUCUCCGCUUCCUUACGACACAAUGACAAACCGCUGCGAAACCUUUGGGACUGGGACAAGGCAGAAGAUCUCAAAGUGGUUGGCCACCGAGAACCGCCAGGUGAAUGGGCUCUACAGAAAUUCAUUAGAGGAGUCAUGUGCGCUUGAAAAGGUAACAGAAGAUAAUAGGAGAGAAUCGUGGUCCAUGAUGAGUCUGCCUCCAACUAGUCCCUUUGACAAUUUCCUCAAAGCAGCAGGAAGAUGAUUCAAUUAAACUUAGAUGAAUACUAAACUCUCACGUAGAUAUUAGCACUAUUGAUAUGGGGUUUUGUAGAGCUAACUAUCUAGGCCAAGCACACAGCGUGUAAUGAUUUAGAAUCAGUAGUUGAAAACCAUUUGCGUUCUUGUCUUAAAUGGAAGUUUAAUUUUAAUCAUCAAAACUUGAGCUACUAAUGAACGAGACCGACCCUAAACGACACCGUU